GUCUGACCUUUAGAGCAAGACAGUUCAAAUAUGUUUUCAUUCCGACCGGCAAUUAUAUUGGGCGUAAUAUGCUUCAUAUUUGGAUAUCUGUAUUCACUUCUUCACUAUCUUCAACCACAGAUGCAGGGAACCAGUUCUGAAAUGUUUAAACAUGCAGUUCAUGUUUAUAAAAAUCAAAUACAGAAAAACAAAGAGCUUGGGUCUUCUUUUUCUGUUUAUUAUCGUGGGGAACAUGUUAUCGACAUUGUUGGAGGAUAUGUGGAUAAACGUUUCCGGUUACCAUGGUUGCCGUCAACUAUAAGUCAGUUGUUUACUGUUUCCUUGGUUGUUGUGCCUUUCACAUUUGCUAAGUUAUACCAAGAUGGACUUCUGAGUAUUGAUUCUCCUAUUCAGCAUUAUCUGCCGCAGUUUUUGGUUCCUAAUAUCUCAAUAUCAGACUUACUCACGCAUCAGUCUGGAUUUCCAUAUUUUAUAAGUCAUGUAUCUUUAGCUAAAUGGCGAGAUGAUCAUAGGAAUGCAUUACAUGAUAUAAUCAAUCAAAUACCACCUAUCCCACCAAAAACACAACAGUUUCAUUUGCACUCGAUGGCUAUACUCUGUGAUGCCAUCGUCCGCAAAGUAGACCCGAAAAGGCGAACACUAGCUCGUUAUUUUAUGGAAGAAAUUGCAUGGCCUCUUGGUUUGGACAUGCUUAUCGGGAUCCCUCGGACCCAACUAUACCGUGCUGCCAGGACCUACCACGCUGAUGCUAUCAGUGUGUUUUGUGCCAUUUUAUAUUUCGAUGUGAAAUACGCAUGGACAAACUUAGUCACUUCUAAAUGGCUACCUUAUUCAAAAGAGAGAAAUAUGGCAUUGGAUGUAUUUAGUGAUUAUGAGAUUUAUUAUAAUUGGAAUCCAGAUUUACUGGAAGUUCCAUUAGUUUCAACACACCUGUUCACUAAUGCACGAAGUUUAGUCCGUUUAUUCACUCUGUUAGAAAAUCCAAAGGAUAAGAUUAACAGUAAUUCAUCAUCUGACAGUCAUCCUUUCGUCUUUAAGAAACCAAUUAGAGAUUGGAUGCUUCAAGUUUUAAAUACUUCUUCUUAUGAUCCAGUUCUCCAUCGACAUUUAAAACUUACUUCUUCAGGUUUCAUGGUCACUAAUUCACCAAAGAACACCCUAAUGUUUGGAAUGUGGGAUGAUAUUCUUGGCCAAGGAGUUUUUAUUGAUCCAGAGAAACAAUUAACUUGGGCUUAUGUUACAAAUCAUGCUCAUGGACGAUCAUUAGACAGUGAUCCUAUUUUAAACUCUUUAAUUCAUUCAGUGUAUUCAUGUAUUGAAAAGUAGUAUUUGAUAAUUAGAGAAGAAUUCUCAACAAAAUGGAGUGCCUUACUGGUCAACGAAUUGUUGCAUAUAUUUACAUUAAAAAAAAACAAAAACGAAGUCCGCUUAUUUAUUAUUCAACUCGGUGUUUUAAUAAAAUAUACAAAAGGCAGGAACGAUUUUUAUAGUGCUUUUAAUAAGAAGUACGUUUGUAGCAUUUAUUAUUUAUGUAACCUUUUCUUUUAUUAAGCUAAUUUAGACGUAACGGUCAAAGAUGUUAAUCCCUUUAAAUGAAUUGAAUUAUAGUAUAUAUAUUCUAUUCUGUGGAAAUUUUCCCUUGUUAUUAAUAGGUUAAUUUAGUUGGGUUAAGUGUAUGGUUCUAAGCAUUUGUCUGACCUCCACAAAUUCAUUACUGAGCACAGCCUUUGGCUAUGUAUUGUGUAAAUUUGAUGAAUACUGUGAGACAUGGCUAUUGAAAAUGGAAAACCUGAAAACAUUAUCUGUUGUCGACCACAGAUGUUAGGUAAGGAGGAAAAGUGGAUCGAUUAAGUUGUGAAGCUCCAUCGAUCGAGGUGGCUAGAGAACAUGUAGCGUAAGCUGAGCUACUGCUUUCCUCAACGAGCGAUGCUAGUUAAUAUAGGAUUAGGCUGGAAAAGAGUUGGAGGCGAUCAAAUCAAAACAUGACAUCACUGUAUCAAGUCUUUCACUGUUGGUGUGAACCAAUCACUUAGAGUAGUGUAAACUGUCUGGUUGAGCCUUCGGGAUGCUAAGAACCAAUGGUUGUGGAGACCAUAGGUGAUAGGACUCAAAAUCGUUGUCAAUGGUCCAGAUGCAUUCACUCUUUGCAUUCUAUCACACCCAUUAAAUUCGCAUGUUUUUCCCAUCUUACUAUUCUUUCCUCCUUGCGUAUUUGUUUAAUAAUAAUAAUAAUAAUAACAAUUUACUUUAUUCCAAAAACAGUACUUAUAAUACAGAAUGGAAUUCUCAGCAUUUGUCACAAUAUUG